AGAAAUGGCAAUCAGCGCGCCAAGUUCUGUUCUGUGAGAAGUUAAGAUCGCGUUAGUGCUGAUCUUUUUUUGUUUACCGUAUAACUGAGCUCGAGUCAUAAUUAUAACUGCUGCAUUGGGGGGCAUGCAGUCAGUUUGAUUUCCCCCCCAUUGGCAAACUCAGAUCUUCAGAGGUGCGCAUUUAAAUUCUAAGAUUAGAAGCCGAAGAUCCAGUUCUUACUGUGUGCAUGUGUUGUGUGACUGUCAUCCCAGCUGCAUGCACAGUGUUCUAUUAAAAACAUUGGUUUCAAAUAAGACAUGGUUCUACAAAACAGCGGGAGGUUUAAAGCAGACCGGGGACAAGGAGGUGACCAGGAAAAUCAGCAGGAUGAAACCACCUCCUUGUCAGCCCUCAAGCGCCUGGAGCGCAGCCAGUUUACCGACGAGAUGGAUGCUCGCUUCGGCUUCGAGAGGAUGAAGGAGCCCGGGGAGAAGACGGGCUGGCUUAUCAACAUGCACCCGGCUGAAGUGCUGGAUGAAGACAAGAGGAUGAUCAGUUGUGUAGACUAUUAUUUCAUCCAGGAGGAUGGCAGCAAAUUCAAGGUGGCGCUCCCAUAUAAACCCUAUUUCUACAUAGCGACUAAAAAGAACUGCGAGAGAGAGGUAAUUUCCUUCCUGUCGAAGAAGUUCCAGGGGAAGAUUGCGAAGUUGGAGAUUGUUCUCAAGGAGGACUUGGAUCUGCCCAAUCACCUGGUGGGGCUGAAGAGGAGCUAUAUCAGGCUGUCCUUCAACACUGUUGAUGACCUCAUCAAAGUGAAAAGGGAGAUCUCGCCCGCCGUGCGCAAGAAUCGGGAACGAGAGAAGUCCAAUGACGCCUACACUGCCAUGCUGUCGAGUGCCCUAUCGGGGGGCAAUGUGGUGGCCCCAGAUGAAGAUGGGGCUUCGAAGAAGAUCACAGACCAGCUGGACAAUAUUGUGGACAUGCGGGAGUAUGAUGUGCCCUAUCAUGUCCGUCUGUCCAUCGACCUCAAGAUCCAUGUGGCUCACUGGUACAACGUGCGCUACCGUGGCAGUGCCUAUCCCCCCGAGAUCGUGCGCAGGGAUGACCUGGUCGAGCGGCCGGACCCUGUUGUGCUGGCCUUUGACAUCGAGACCACCAAGCUGCCUCUUAAAUUCCCCGAUGCUGAGAGUGACCAGAUCAUGAUGAUCUCGUACAUGAUUGAUGGACAGGGAUACCUGAUAACAAACAGGGAAAUUGUCUCCGAGGAUAUUGAGGACUUUGAGUUCACCCCCAAACCAGAGUAUGAGGGACCCUUCACCGUGUUUAAUGAGCCUGAUGAGGCCAGUUUGAUCCAGAGGUGGUUUGAGCACAUCCACGAGACCAAGCCCAACAUCUUUGUCACCUACAACGGAGACUUCUUUGACUGGCCCUUUGUGGAGACCCGGGCGGCCCAUCACGGGCUCAACAUGCACCGCGAGAUCGGCUUUCAGAAGGACGGCCAAGGGGAGUACAAGGCCAGCCAGGCCAUCCACAUGGACUGCCUCAGGUGGGUGAAGCGCGACAGCUACCUGCCCGUGGGGAGCCACAACCUAAAGGCGGCGGCGAAGGCCAAGCUGGGGUACGACCCCGUGGAGCUGGAUCCAGAGGAGAUGUGCCGCAUGGCCACCGAGGAGCCUCAGACUCUGGCCACAUACUCGGUGUCGGAUGCUGUCGCCACUUACUACCUCUACAUGAAGUAUGUCCACCCCUUCAUCUUCGCUCUGUGCACCAUCAUCCCCAUGGAACCAGACGAGGUGCUCCGGAAGGGCUCUGGGACGCUCUGCGAGGCUCUGCUCAUGGUCCAGGCCUUCCACGCCAACAUCAUCUUCCCCAACAAGCAGGAGCAGGUCUUCAACAAACUGACAGACGACGGGCACGUGCUGGACUCCGAGACGUACGUGGGGGGCCACGUGGAGGCCCUGGAGUCGGGCGUCUUUCGCAGCGACAUCCCCUGUCGCUUCAAAAUGAACCCAGCGGCCUUUGACUUCCUGCUGCAGAGAGUGGAGCACACCCUGCGCCAUGCCAUUGAAGAGGAGGAGAAGAUCCCCCUGGAGCAGGUCCUUAAUUUCAGUGAGGUGUGUGAGGAUAUCAAGAAGAAGCUGAUCUCCCUGAAGGAGGUGCCAAACAGGAUUGAGUGUCCUCUCAUUUACCAUCUGGAUGUGGGUGCCAUGUACCCCAACAUCAUCCUCACCAACCGGUUGCAGCCCUCGGCUAUGGUGGAUGAGGUCACUUGUGCUGCCUGCGACUUCAACAAACCGGGAGCCAACUGCCAGAGGAAGAUGACUUGGCAGUGGAGAGGGGAGUUCAUGCCGGCCAGCCGCAGCGAGUUCCACCGCAUCCAGCAGCAGCUGGAGUCGGAGAAGUUCCCCCCGCUCUUCCCCAACGGGCGGCCACAGGCCUUCCACGAGCUGAACCGCGAGGAGCAGGCGCGCCACGAGAAGAAACGCCUGGCUGACUACUGCCGAAAGGCUUACAAGAAGGUCCACUUGACCCGACUGGAGGAGCGGGUCACCACCAUCUGCCAGCGAGAGAAUUCUUUCUAUGUGGACACAGUUCGCGCCUUUCGAGAUCGCCGAUACGAGUUCAAAGGGCUGCACAAGGUCUGGAAGAAGAAGCUGUCGGCGGCGCAGGAGUGCGGGGACGCGGCCGAGGUGAAGCGCUGCAAGAACAUGGAGAUCCUGUACGAGUCCCUGCAGCUCGCCCACAAGUGCAUCCUCAACUCCUUCUACGGCUACGUCAUGCGCAAGGGGGCGCGCUGGUACUCCAUGGAGAUGGCUGGGAUCGUGUGCUAUACUGGCGCCAAUAUCAUCACGCAGGCCAGGGAGCUGAUCGAACAGAUCGGCCGGCCCUUGGAGCUGGACACCGAUGGGAUCUGGUGCGUGCUUCCCAACACCUUCCCCGAGAACUUCGUCAUCAGAUCCAGCAAUGAGAAGAAGCCCAAGGUCACCAUCUCGUACCCCGGGGCAAUGCUCAACAUCAUGGUGAAGGAGGGCUUUACCAAUCACCAGUACCAGGAGCUUACAGAUCCCGCCACACUCACCUACGAGACCCGAUCUGAGAACAGCAUCUUUUUUGAAGUGGAUGGCCCUUACCUUGCCAUGAUCCUGCCUGCCUCCAAAGAGGAGGGCAAGAAGCUGAAGAAGAGGUAUGCGGUGUUUAAUGAGGACGGCUCCCUGGCGGAGCUGAAGGGCUUCGAAGUGAAGCGCCGGGGGGAGCUGCAGCUCAUCAAGAUCUUCCAGUCCUCUGUGUUUGAGGCCUUCCUCAAGGGCACCACACUGGAGGAGGUCUACUCCUCUGUGGCCAAGGUGGCCGACUACUGGCUGGACGUGCUUUACAGCAAGGCGGCUAACAUGCCGGACGCAGAGCUGUUCGAGCUGAUCUCGGAGAACCGCUCCAUGUCCAGGAAGCUGGAGGAUUACGGCGAGCAGAAGUCCACCUCCAUCAGCACGGCCAAGCGGCUGGCCGAGUUCCUGGGGGACCAGAUGGUGAAGGACGCUGGGCUGAGCUGCCGCUACGUCAUCUCGCGCAAACCGGAGGGAUCCCCGGUCACCGAGAGGGCUAUCCCCUUGGCCAUCUUCCAGGCAGAGCCGAGCGUGAAGAAGCACUUCCUGCGCAAGUGGCUGAAGAUGCCAGCCCUGCAUGACCUGGACAUCCGCACAAUUCUGGACUGGAAUUACUACAUUGAGAGACUUGGCAGCGCCAUCCAGAAAAUCAUCACCAUCCCAGCUGCCCUGCAGCAGGUGAAAAAUCCUGUACCCAGGGUGCGGCAUCCGGACUGGCUGCACAAGAAGCUGCUGGAGAAAAAUGAUAUCUACAAACAGAAGAAGAUCAGCGAGCUUUUCACCAGCGAGGGCAAGAGACAGGUGGUUUCUAACCAGCUGGCAGUUGGAAGCAGCCAGUGCUCAGAAGUUGGGGAGAUAGGCGACCUGGAGGACUUUGGGGUGAAGCGGGGACCCCUGCAGCCGGCCAUUCCCAUCAGUACCAAGCGCAAGCGGGUGUCCCUGGGGACGGAUAGCCAGGCCGAGUCCCAGGAGCUGGAGCUCACCCAGUCCUGGAGGGAGAUCCUCGGGCCACCUCCACCCAUGGGCAAAACGAAGGAGGAGAGGCUGGUGUGGCUGCGGUACCACAAGAAGAAGUGGGAGCUGCAGGCGCGGCAGAGGAAGGAGCGCAGGAAGAAACGGCGGCUGGAUGACGGCGGGGCCCAGCCAGCGGGAGGGGGCGUGAUCAGGGGCGGGCCGACCACCGGCCUGGGCAGCUUCCUCCGCAGGACCGCGCGGAGCAUCCUGGACAUGCCCUGGCAGAUCGUACAGAUUGCGGAGACCAGUCACCCAGGCUUACACAAGCUGUGGGCGGUGAUCGGCAGCGACCUGCACUGCAUGAAGCUCAACAUCCCCCGCGUCUUUUACGUCAACCAGCGGGUGCCCAAGCAGGAGGAGGGGCCCAUGUAUAAGAAGGUCAACCGCAUGCUGCCACGCUCCAAUAUGGUGUACCACCUGUACCAGUAUUCGGUCCCUGAGGACAUGUACCAAGAGCACAUCAACGAGAUCAACGCAGAUCUCUCUGCCCCCGACAUUGAAGGCGUCUAUGAGACUCAGGUUCCCCUCCUCUUCCGGGCACUGGUGCAGCUGGGCUGUGUGUGUAUGGUCAAUAAGCAGCUGGCGAGGGACCUGGCCAACCGCGAAGCCGACACCUUUGACCUGGACCACCUGGAGAUGAGGUCGCUGGCCCAGUUCAGCUACCUGGAGCCUGGGAGUGUGCGCCACAUCUACAUGUACCACCACAGCCAGGGCCACAAGGCUCUCUUCGGUCUUUUCAUCCCCUCCCAGCGGAAGGCCAGCGUCUUCGUCCUGGACACGGUCCGCAGUAACCAGAUGCCGAAUCUCGGCACGCUGUAUUCCGUCGAGCGUUCUGCUCUGCUGGAGAAGAUGGGCGAGGAGCUCCUCCCCCCGGAGAAGCACAACUUCGAGGUGCGAGCCGAAAAUGACCCCAAGGCCAUCUACCGCGCCCUUCAGAGAACUCUGCUCAACUACAAGGACGAGCGGCGCGGACCCACGCUGAUCGCGGUCCAGUCCAACUGGGAGCUGCGGAGGCUGGCAGCUGGGCUGUCUGUCCUGGAGGACUUCCCCGUGGUGCCAGUCCACGUCAUUGACGAGAUCAACUACAACGUGCUGGACUGGCAGCGCCACGGGGCCCGCAGGAUGAUCCGGCACUACCUCAACCUGGACAGCUGCCUCUCGCAGGCCUUCGACAUGGCCAGGUACUAUCACUUGCCGGUGGGAAACCUCCCUGAAGACGUGUCCAUUUUCGGCUCAGACCUCUUCUUCGCUCGACACCUCCGUCGACACAACCACCUGCUGUGGCUCUCCCCUUCUGCCCGGCCGGACCUGGGGGGCAAGGAGGCCGACGACAGCAGGCUGGUGAUGGAGAACGAGGAGCGGAGCUCCGUGGAGAUCAACGCCCCUGGCUGCUAUUCCACAGUGUGCGUGGAGCUGGACCUGCAGAGCCUGGCUGUGAACACCAUCCUGCAGUCCCAGCACGUCAACGACAUGGAGGGCGGCGCCAGCCUGGGCGUCAGCUUCGAUGUCAUCCAGCAGGCCUCCCUGGAGGAUAUGAUGUCUGGGAACCAGGGUGCCAGCUCCCUGGCCAGCUACGACGAGACAGCACUCUGCUCCAACACAUUCAGGAUUCUGAAGAGCAUGGUAGUGAGCUGGGUGAAGGAGAUCACGCAGUAUCACAACGUCUACGCUGACAACCAAGUGAUGCAUUUCUACCGCUGGCUGCGCUCCCCCAGUUCCUUGCUGUAUGACCCAGCACUCCACCGCACGCUGCACAACAUGAUGAAGAAGGUCUUCCUGCAGCUCGUAGCCGAGUUUAAGCGUCUGGGCUCCUCUGUCGCUUAUGGCAACUUCAACCGUAUCAUCCUCUGUACCAAGAAGCGCAGGAUCGACGAUGCCAUUGCGUAUGUGGAGUACAUCACUAACAGCAUCCAUUCGCGGGAGAUUUUCCACUCCUUGUCCAUGACUUUCUCGCGCUGCUGGGAGUUCCUGCUGUGGAUGGACUUGGCUAACUAUGGGGGAGUGAAGGGCAAACUGCCGGCCAGCGUUCUUUACGGACAGGAGGGCGCCGCGAAGGUGGCGGAGAAAGCGGACGGAGAGGAGGACAGUGAGGAUGAGGCAGGACCGUCGGAAGAGGAGGAGGAAGAAGAGGGUGAUGUGGACAACGUAGAGGAACUCAUUGAGAGCAAUUGGAACAUCAUGCAAUACCUCCCCCAGAAUGCCUCUUGCCAGAAAUAUUUCCUAAUGAUCGUCUCAGCCUACAUCGCCGCUGUCUAUCACAGCAUGAGGGAGGAGCUUCGCCGCAAUGCUCCAGGAGCCACGCCCAUCAAGAGGAGGGGCAGCAGCCAGGUUUCCCAGGAGGCCGCAGGAGAUGCAAAUGCCCUGCCAGGAAUGAUCACCUUCUCCCAGGAGUAUGUCUCCAGUGAGCUGACCCAAAGCUUCUUUACCAUCACCCAGAAGAUCCAGAAGAAAGUGACGGGCACCAGAAACGUCACCCAGCCCUCCGACAUGUUCCCUGUGCUGCCAGGUUCCCACCUGCCCCUGAACAACCCUGCAUUAGAGUUCAUCAAAUACGUCUGCCAGGUGCUUUCUCUGGACUCCAACAUCACCAACCAGGUGAAUAAACUUAAGAGGGACCUCCUGCGCCUGGUGGACGUGGGCGAGUUUGCGGAAGAUGCCCAGUUCAGAGAUCCCUGCCAGUCUUACAUCCUCCCUGAGGUCAUCUGCCGACAAUGUAACUUCUGCCGAGACCUGGACCUCUGCAAGGACUCGUCUGUGGCGCAGGAUGGCUCUGUGCUGCCACAGUGGUUCUGCUCCAACUGCCAGGCUCAGUACGAGACAGAGGGGAUUGAAAUGGCUCUGGUGGAGGCACUGCAGAAAAAACUGAUGACCUACACCCUGCAGGACCUGGUUUGUAACAAGUGUAAAGGAGUAAAGGAAGCCAACAUGCCUGUCUACUGUAGCUGUGCUGGAGACUUCACUCUCACUCUGUCCACAAAGAGUUUUUCCGAGCAGAUCGGCGUGUUCCGGAACAUCGCUGCUCACUACAGCAUGGCCUUCCUGCAGGAGACGGUCGACUGGGUGCUGAGGAUGAGCCCCCAGCUGGGAAAAGCAUCUUAAGCAGGAGGCCUGUGCAGACAGCCAGACCUGUGGGAGGGCGGACUCUCUCUCCCAUUGGUUCCGCCUCUUCCAAUGGCGUGAUCAGCGCUGCAGGAGCUGUUUUGGUUGCACAGACGUUGAGCACUCCUCAGACGGACACUUUUUCCCUCCUACGACUGUGCCUUCUUCAGUACCAGGCAGCCCUGCAUACUGCAGCUGGAUUAGAAAUAGUUCCCACCUUUCCAGGAAAGAACAUUUUCAAGAAUUGAAAAAAAAUAUUCAAAUCUAGUUUUUUUUGUGACCAGAAUGUCAGGUAUUGCAGACACUAUUUUCAUAGCAUUAUGGAAAGUUUGUGCAUCUUCAUAAUUUUUUGGUUGUUGCUUGUUGCCAUACACAAAAAAACUUCAGGUUCAAAUCACAAAGCAAAUAUACUUUACAGGAAAGCAAAUCUGAGAUGGAAUGAUGGUCAUGGUACACUUACUGAAAAAGUAUAUAUUUAUAAAAAUGACAUUUAAUUAAAUGUUUCCUCUUGAAGUCUGUAACAUGGUAUUGCUGCUUUAGGUAGUUUCUGGCCAGAUCUCCGUUCAGUAAGUUUUAUAUUUAAAAUUCAACAAUUCUGUGCAGAAAUAAGAUAUUUUGAUCAGCAGUUAUGUCAAGUAUUGUAAAGAUUCUUUAAAAGAUUUGUAGUCAUUUUUGUGCUCAAAUUCUGAUCUCUCCUGAUGGGGGUGGAGGAUAUCCUUUUUUUCCUUAAUAAAUAUUGCAAAACAUGUACAGGCAGGAUAAAAAUCCAGUGGUGGGAGUAGAGAUCAGCAUUGUGAUAUUUAUGAUCUGUAUUAAUGUUUGUUUUAUUUGUUCCAAUAAAUGUAUUUGUACAGUA